GAUGCCUUAUUAACCCAUUAAACGGGGAGGUUACGGGAGGGAAGGAGGGGGGCCAGUCUGGAAACUGGAAAGGGCGUCUGAGCGUGAGAGACAGACAGAGGAAGAGGAGAGGGCUGGAGGAGAGGGGGCUGCUGGAGACGGACCGAGCUGUGUGUGUGGGAGGGGAGGACACUGAGAGACUUGAGAGAAGCCGCAGGAGACCAGCAGGGUGGGCCGGGAGAGGCAGAAGUUUCUCUGCUCUCCAAGGAAGGGGAACCAGCUAUUUCGUCCCAGCCUCCUCCUUCCUUUUACAGGAGAGACAGAGAGAGGAGAGACAGAGAAGGAAGAGAGACAGAGACACACAGAGACAGAGAGAUAGAGAGGAUACAGAGAAGGAGAGAGAAACAGACAGAGAAGGGAGACAGAGACAGACAGAGUUAGAGACAGAAGGAAGAGAGACAGAGACAGACAAACAGAGACAGAGUUAGAGAGACAAACAGACAAAGUGCUAGGGCUGGAGAGCCUAUUUCACCUGAGACAGGUGAGGAGGAACAGCACACACACACACACAUACACACACACCCCUUCCUCAGGUGUCAGAUCUUCGGCUGCUGGCCAUGAAGAGAUUGGCUGAAGACAGCCCAUCAGACAGUGAGUCUGAGGGCACCAUAGAUGUGGGCAAAGAGGAAUACAGCCAAGGUUCCAGGGCCCAGUCCCCCUCUACCACUUCGCAGAUGCAAGCCAGGAAGAAAAGGAGAGGGAUCAUUGAGAAAAGGCGGCGGGAUCGCAUCAACAGCAGCUUGUCCGAGCUUCGCCGCCUGGUCCCCACAGCCUUUGAAAAGCAGGGCUCCUCCAAGCUGGAGAAAGCAGAAAUCCUACAGAUGACCGUGGACCAUCUGAAAAUGCUCCGUGCCACCGGAGGGUCUGGACUUUUCGAUGCCCGGGCCCUGGCAGUGGACUACAGAAGCAUUGGCUUUCGAGAGUGCCUCACGGAGGUUGGAAGAUACCUUGGGGUCCUGGAGGGCCAGAGCAGCACGGAGCCCAUCCGCCUCCGCCUCCUCUCUCAUCUGCACAACUACAUUGCUGAGAUGGUGCCCUCACCAGGGGCUGCCACCUUCCUGCCUUGCCCGGCUUGGCCCUGGGCAUUUCCCCAUGGCUCCUCAGCAGCCUCGAGCCAGCUUCCGGUCCCCCAGCAAGUGCCCAGCCCGGGUCUGGCACUCGUGACUGCCUCCUCUCUGGCCUACUCCAUCCCUAUGCUCCGAACGGCCCCUCUCCACCGAAUUUCUGGUGCCAUCCUGCCAGCCCGGAAGAGCUUUCUGAGCAAUCGGGUGCCAGCGUCCCCACAUAGAGCCCGCCCUGCAGGAAGGCCUACCAGCCCAGCCAUGCUCCCUGUGGGUGGUGCAGCUUCCAGAAACAGCCACAUUGCUGCAGUCCUGCUCUCCUCCUCCUGCUCCCCCUCCACCGGAGUUCCGCUCCCUCCUGUCUACUCGUCACCCCCUGCACUGAGCCCAUCUGCCCAGGGACCAGCGGGCAGGGUCGGUACUGCCAGACUCUGCCGCUCCUGGACUACCGAAGUUGGAGCUUUCUGAGGUGAUUCCCUGCCAGGUGCCAGAGAACACACACAGUGUCCAGUCUUGGGGUCCGUGACCCUUGCCAGCCUGACUUUCCCCCUUUCUUUCCCUUAUGACAUCAGGAUGUAAAGGGCUCCUUCUUCCAUCACCAUCCCAGCUCCUCUCCUUACCUAGUCUCUCCUUGCUUCUUACAGAAGUGUCUCCAUUUCCCAUCUUCAGGUCAUCUUUCCUGCUUCUGAGCUUCAUCUAUUUGCCUUUUUCCAUUUCAGUUUUACUAAUAGUUGUGAAACUGGUUGCCUGGAGUAUCAAAAUGAGCCUUGAAUCCGAAGCCAGACCAGCUUCAUCUCCUGGCUCUCCUUCCUGACUAAGGGACCCUGGGAAAGUCCCUCCUCUCUGGGUCUUCAGAAUGGAGGAGUGGGACUAGAUGCUCUCCCCAUCCCUUUCAGCUUCAGAGCUUCUCAUGCUGGCUUGAUGUCUUUGGGGGCUCUCUAUAUACAGAUGUAUCUCACCGUGUAAUUGACAAAGAGACCACAAACCUUGCCUGUCUCCUGUAGAUGCAGGGAAUUGUGGGCUUCCCAUAGGUGGUGUGGGGGCUCCCCGUAUGCUGAUGUAUUUCACCAUGUAAUUGACAAAGAGACCACAAACCUUGCCAGUCUCCUGUAGAUGCAGGGAAUUGCGGGCUUCCCAUAGGUGGUGUGGGGGCUCCCCAUAUGUGGAUGUAUUUCACCAUGUAAUUGACAAAGAGACCACAAACUUUGCUAGUUUCCUCUAGCUGUAGGGAAUUGUGGGCUUCUCAUAGGUGGUACUAAUCUGUCAGAAUAGCCUGAGCACCAUGAACCAUUGGGUAAGUUCUCAUUGGAACCCUGAUCAGAUAUCACUGGGUGUUCAUUCCUUGGUUCCAGUUCCUGUUUCCCCCUUAUGGAUAUCCCUUAUUGAACACUGAUUUACCCCAACUCGUCACCUCAGCUUCCCCUUCAGAGUAAUAAUUCCCAGGGAAAGGCUCCCCCCUUUGAAUGCUUUGUGGCAGCUAGUCAGCUAGGUCCAUAAGUGUUGGACCUGGAGCCAGAAAAUCCUCAGUUCAAAUCCUACUUAUUAGCUGUGAUCAUAGGCAAGCCCCUUAUCCUUUCUGUGUCUCAGUUUCCCCAUCUGUUAAAUGGAAAUGAUAAUACCUGUUCCUAGGGUGGUUGUAAGGAUCAAAUGAGUUAACAUGUAAAGUGCUUUGUGAACUUUAUAGCGCUAUAUGCAUUAAUACUAGUUAUUAUUCUUACCCCAGUUAGUCAUGCAUUUUUGUGGGUCCAGGACAAAGUCAACCCUUUGCAUGGCCCUUCCCAGCAGAAACCCUCAUCUGGGAUCAAUCAUGUUGGAGGGAUAGGGGAGGAAGAAGAGAAGGGAGGAUGUUUUGAGAACACAGAACAUUGCUUCCCAGGCCAGCUGGCCCUUCUGGGAGGUCAAGCCCAGAAGGAAUAAACGACUUUGAAGCACUA